GCUGAGGCGGUUAGUCUUGGUUUGGACUCUGCAAGAGGAGCACGUCAGCCAGUGCAUUAGAAGUACAACACAUGACCGAGUGCAACACUGACCCAGCUGGAGAGUCCUUUCUGUGGAGUGAAACUGAAUAUACGAGAAGAAUUGCUUUGCUUCAAUGUGUGUGACAGAGGAUUUGUUUUUCAUUGUCAAACACAUACCAGAUGACCAACCUUGUGCCAACCCUGAUUCAGAGCCAGGUUAAGUUGCAGGUAAAGUGUUUGUGUGUGGUUAUGUUCCUGAGCUUCCCACUGUCCAUGGCGGAGGUCCCUGGACCAUGCAGACACUCCAUUACUAGGGACCACCUGCUGAAACUCAAACAUCUGAUGGAUAACCAAUUGAGAAGCGGGUGCUCGAUAACCUACACAUUCAUAGAACAGAAAUCUUUGAGCAAGUGUUGCUUCGUGAAAGCUGCCUUACCCUGGAUAUUGGAGCUCCUCACCACUCACUUCAAAUAUAGCAGGGGUUCGGUCAACUAUACCUAUGUUCAGUCUUUGAGAACACUCAUCCUCAACAUCUACUCCCAGAAAUGUGUUCCUCAGAUCAACGAGGAGAUUGAGGACAAGCCAGAGAGUUUUGAAGUGCUUUACAGAGGGUCUCCUGGAGAAGCACUGCAGAAAGCUUCAAGGGUGCUGUCUGUUUAUCUGGAGCUGGUAACGAAGAGUGAUGCACCAAUGAACUGGAGUUGCCAGGAUGAAUACUCAAAGUUCUUUAGCUCAAGCACGGAGCAACCGAAAGUGUCCCCCACACAAGGUUGCACAGACAGUUAUGUUACGAGGUCAGUGAAGGCCUCUCAGAGAAGACCACUGAGAGACCUGUACAAGCUUGGCUUCAUCAUCGCCUCCAUCUUCGGAGCACUACUGCUCCUAUUUAUUCUCUUCUGUCUAAUCACACAAAAGAGGCCCCUCUUCCGUCACAGAUUGGGAUCUUACAUGAGUUCUAGCAGAGACCAGCAACGCUGAGAGAUGGAGCUACAAUAAGUGUUCUCCGACUGCAGUGGUAGAUCGAGCCAUCAUGAAGAUCUGCAUUUGAUCCGCAAACAACAAGAUUUCAAUGCAAUAAUUGGCCAUGCUGACUAAUUUAACUGGAAGCUUUGCUUUGACUAGAAGCAAAGACGGACCUUUGUUGAAUAAAUAUUUUGUGUAUAUUAUGUUUAUGCACCCUAUUCCAAAUAUAUUUCAAGUCCCCUAAGAGUAUUUCUCCACUACACAUGUAUGUUGACUAACGUAUCUCUGUUUAUCACCUAAUCGACUGUUUAUGUUACGUCAAAAGGUUAUUUAUUAGUUGGAUUCUAUCCAAUUUCAUUAUAAUAAAAGUUCCAAACGGUAUAUGUGAACUGUUCAUAAUGGUCUACAGCUUUAUAGCCACUAAAUCAUUCAUACAUCAACAACAAAUGAAAUCACAUUUAUUGAGCAAGUAAUUCCUUUAUUAUACCCUUUAAAUAUUUUACGGCCUAAUUCUUGUUUGACUCCCCAUUUUAUGAGGAGUCCAAAAUAAUUAAACGAUUCAUCACACCGCACCAUAAUUUUGUCAUUGCUUGCAUUGCUUAUCAAUGUUUAAGCCCAGGAUGUUGAACAAAGACAAAUAAAUUCCUGUUUUAUUAGAGAAACAGUGUGACGUGCCUUUACAUGAACCCUGGAAAAUAUUCUGCUAUUGGUUAGAAACACUCGUGCGGGUAGAAAGGGUUCUGAGUCUGAGCUUGAAAGGAAUUGGAGAAUUCCCACAAACAAGUAUGACAAGAGUCUGUGUGAGCGAGCAAAGGUCAGGGAUGGGAAAACAUGCUCCUAACCUGCAGCUUCUGCAGAAACCUGAGAUGUGCAAUAUAAUAUCAUUUACAUCAUUCAUUUCAUAUCUUACAUCUUAUCACUUCUUGCUGUUUCCCAGUAGACAAUUUAUCCCAUGACAUUGCUCUGUUAUCAACUUUCCCCCAAAAGUAAAAUAUUUGUACAAUUUUUUUCUAAUUCCUUUUUUCCCAAUAAUAAUAACAGUUCUCUGACUAAUCAGACCCAAAGUAAAUGUUUUAACAUCUCUGAGUGAUGAAAUACAUGGCGGUGAAAAAUAUUUUCCUUAAGUUAAGGUAGAAUUUAAAAACUUGCUAGUAUUCACCUGUGUAGUCGUCUGGCCUUAUGAUAUACAGUAACAUGGUUGCAUCGAGGCUGAAGGAGUUCAUAAACUGAAUUAAAUAAAGUCAGCAAAGAAGAAUCUAAAUUAACAUGCACUUCCACUCACUGCUACUCAACACUUCUAAAGAAGCACCUCUGCCAUGCUUUUCUGAGACAUAAUACCAAAAAUGACUUUAUCACUCGGCGGCACGGUGUGCGAUUGUUUAGCACACUGCCUCAGAGUUCUGAGGACCUGGGGUUCGAAUCCGGCCAUGACUGGGUGGAGUUCAUAUGUUCUCCCCGUGCCUGCGUGGGUUUUCUCCGGGUACUCCAGUUACCCCUCACAUUCCAAAAACAUGCAUGGUAGGUUGAUUGAAAACUCAAAAUUGUCCGUAGGUAUAAAUGUGAGUGUGAAUGGUUGUUUGUCUAUGUGUGCCCUGUGAUUGGCUGGCGACCAGUUCAGUUCACUUAAUUAAUUUGGUGUAUUGGCAGUGUUGUUUUACACAUGAAUAUCACAUGCACAUAUCGGCCACAAAAUUCGGUACAACUGCACAGUUAGAUCGGAUCAAACACAGGAGCUGCAUCAGAAAUUCUGUCUUUACAAAGAGAGAAAUAUUCACUAAAAUCUUAAAUUAAACAAUAUAAUGAACAUACCGUCCAGUAUUAUUCAGUGCAACUGCAGGCUUUAUACUAAACAUACUGUUAAAUAAAUAUCUCUCAAUACUGACCAUUAUUAUCUCAUUAAUAGCAUAUUUUGUAUUGGAUCUCAUUAGAUUGUGGAGGUGUACCUAAUGUUGUGGCUCUGAAUAUACAGUAUGUUAGUGAGGUGACCCAUCAUAUAAGAACAAAAAUAUCAAAUUUCAACAUUAAAUUCCAAACAUAAAUUUUCUAACCAACAACAAAUAUCCGGUGGCCCCGGGUGGAGGUUGACACAAACCACAGGAAACAAAAUAAUUGUCACCAGUCCACCCUGAUUUUUUCUGACAAUGUCAUGGUCGAGUACGUAGCCUGCCUGUGACACUUGAGAUUACACAGCUGUGGCAUUUCCUGUUGUCGAACACUGGAACUUUCCAGUCUUUGGAACAAUAAUAAAAGACCGCACAAAGAAUGUGUAACAGCCUGAAUAAAGGGAGAUGAAAUUGCAACAUACUGCUAAUUUUUUUUUGUCUUGAGUUUGUUGUCACAUUUCUGUGGGGCCAAUUACACAUGGUUGUGCACUCACUGUAGUAGUCUCGCCAUGCUGCACUAUUUGCAUAUCUGUUGUUGACCAAUACUGGCCACUCAUGCCAGACUAGCAUCUGCCCCACUUGCACACUGACUGAGGAGUAUCUGCAACAUUUGCACAAUCAACAUUGUCCCAGAUUAUCGUACUACUCGCUUGAAGUCUCGGCGCCCUUUGCACAAUGGUCAUUGCACCGGACUAUUGCUAUAUUAGUCAUUCAAACUGCUCUAAGUGCCAGAGGACUCUGCAUCUUUUUGCACAAUUGUCAAAAAAAUAAAUAAAAAAUGGCCGCUGAGCGUCACCCAAACUAGCGAACUCAACUCUGACAUAAACGUGAAAGUACAGCGGCCAACAGAGUCAAAACAAAUAUAUGAUUUAAAAACAAGUUUGAACAAACUGGUUUCUUAAAGCUUAUGCACAUUAAUAUUCACGUAUUAUACCUGAAUAAAGCGAGAUAAAAUGACCACUCAGACAAUGAUGUUGCUUUUCCGGAAGCUCUACCGAGAAUGAGACAUCACGCAGAGAAUCCCCUCCUCUGUCUUUAGCAGGCAUAAACAGUCGACCAGCAUUCGCUUUUCUCAAAGAGGCUAAACUAGCAGAUCACAAACCUGACAUAUUGUACAGGUAUAGACAAGUAUUUUUAAACAGAGUUCACCAUAUUUAAACGUAUAUACGUUUUUAACCUCUUCUAGAACUCAAAUCUUUUAACAUUUCCCACAAGUCCUACAUUCAUCUACAUGAGUUUUACCUAUUAUUGAAUUACUGACUUUUGAAUUCUUUUAUGACAGAUCAUAUAUGACUAAUCUAUCACAAAUGCGCCUGGGAGAAUCAGUGACAGAAACAUUAACCAUUGUCACGUUUAACAAGACAAAGGGUAAUUAACCACUAACUAUUCAAUAAAUGAUUUACUGUGUAAGAGUUUUAUAAUUUUAAGUCCUUUUCAGGGUAAU